GCAAAAUUCAACGAUGCUGUGGAAUGUUGAACAGGGUGUCCGUGACAAUGGACCGACCUUGAAUCUCAUCCUACAGACAGUUUGGGGACUGCUUAGCAUCACCGCGCUCCUGAGUACAGCGGUGCCACCUCUUCGCCGUUUGUCUCUCCAUGGACGUCUUCAAUCUACUCGCUCUUCCUCCGUGUUCAUGGUGCGCAAGAGUUGGUUUGGCUUCUUCUACUUGCUGGGGUGGACAUGGAAUGGCCUCGUCCUUGUGCUCGCCAUCCUGUGGAGCAUGUCGUCGUCCCCGUUGGCAUGCUCCGGCCCAACGUUGAUCUGCCUGGUAUGUCUGCAAUGCCACUUGUUUCGUCGCAUGCUGGAAAGCGUGUCCAUUACGCAGUUCGGCGACUCAACAAUGCAUGCCGCAGCGUUGAUCCUCGGCACCUGUCAUUACAUCAUGGUGUCGCUGUCCAUCGUGCUGGACGACGGCGCCCGCGACCCCAUGUCGCUCCACUGGUUCGACGUGCUUGUACUACUCGGCGGCCUCUCGCUCUUCCUCGUCGCGUCCGUCCACCAAAUGACAUGCAACGCCAUCUUGGCCUCGAUCAAGUCGUCGGCGAUCUCGUACGCCAUCCCCCAAGGCGACUGGUUCGACCUCACGUGGAGUCCGCUCUACUGGGCUGAAGUCCUCUUGUACACGUCGCUGGUCCUCCUAAGCCAAGGCCGCAACUCUAACCUCAUGCGCAUUGCGCUUUGGGUCGCCAUAAACCAAUCCAUCUCGGCCCAUCGAGCCAAGGCUUGGUACGUCGCUACGUUUCCCGCCGCCGCCGCCGCUCUCGGCCAUCGCGCCACCUUGAUUCCCCAUGUAUGGUGACGAAAAUAUGAAGAAUCAACUGGGAAUGAUCAUGUCAUUCAUGACCGAGUGGCGAUGCUCUAGACCGUGCUUGUUGUCUACUAGGUAGAACUACCCUAAGAUGAUGUGUUUGGCCUCGUACUAAGUAGUACGUACUAUUAAUAGUAAUACAAUGAUCCCAAAUGGCC